AUGGACAGAUUCAUCAGCAAGGUCGUUGACAAGGUCACUGGCGAUGACGAUGACGACAAGAAGCAGACCACCAGCCAAGGCAACCAGUUCUCAGGCCAACAAUACACCGGCGGCGGACACCAGCAGUACUCUGGCGGCCAAUUCCCGUCCGGCGGCGGUGACUUUUCACACGGCGGCGCCUAUCCCGCUGGCGGCGGUUACGCGUUCGAGAAGGACGAUGACUUCCGCGGCGCCGCCAACCACGCGGCCAACCACGCCGAGGAGGAUGAGAGUUUCUUCUCGACCAUCCUGAACAGCCUCAGCUCCAAGAAGCAGCAGGUUGCUGAGGAAGAUAUUGAUGAGGAUGAAGCAGUCCGCGCCCACAAAACCUUCUACUCCUCCUCCGCCUUCUCUCCCUCCUCCGAGACGCCCGAGGCGACCUCCUCGGGAAUGGGCAGUGCUGCGGCCCUGCAAGCCCUGAAGCUGUUCACCUCGGGCUCCUUCUCGAGUUCGCAGUCGCAGUCGCAGAGCGCCUUCAUCGGCCUGGCCAUGUCGCAGGCCUCCAAGCUGUUUGACCAGCAGGCGUCGGCCGGCAAGGUGUCGGAGGGCACGGACAAGCAGAGCGUGGUGAUGAAGGCGGGCGAGAUGGCGCUCAAGAUGUACCUCAAGAGCCAGGGUACUUCGCAGACGAGCUCGUCGCACACGCAGACCCAGGAGAGCUCGAGCGGGCUUGGUGGGCUGUUGAACAUUGCUGGCAAGUACUUGAAGUAA